AGAACUUACAACAGUGUAUGAUCAAUUAUGAAUAUUAAUUUCAACAUGAAGAAUUUUUCACAUGGCGUUGCCCUGGUCUGGUGUUACUUCCUUCUUCAGAGCGAGGGAACAAAUGUGGCAUUACCCGCAAACUGCGGAAAGAGUAUAAAAUUAAAUACGUCGAGUUCGGUAACACUUACAUACCGCAAUGAAAACGGUUCGGUCGACGAUUGUAGUUAUGUCUUCACACAAGAUGACGUCACACGCCAAAUAUGCGUCACCGUGGUUACCCCCAGUUCCGAUAUUGACUGCAACUUAAGAAUACAAUGGCACACUGGAGCGGAGACAUUUGCGUUCUACAGUCACCAGCUGUACUGGUGCGGCAUGUUCGACUACAGCCCCGUGUGUAUGCCAGUGUUCAGCAUGGGUGUCUUCCUUCGCGGCCUGCAUACCCUACCCCGGGGAGCGCGCUACAGCAUGAAGUUCUACGUGGAACGCACCGACUCCAUUCCAUGGUCAAACACGAUCCAGAACCACGCGAUGAGCUGGAACCGAAGUCUCAUGAUAUCGAAGUUGCACUGGAAUAUAUUUAUCGCCGCCACUAUCAUCGGUCUUAUUAUAUCAGGUUUUGCUGUCUACGUCACUGUAAGAUUUUUGAAACGUAAAGUACCUUCGGACAGCGUCAUAACAGACCUGGACGUUGAGCUAACCCAGAUCUCUCAGGAGACGACCCUACAAGACGUUCCACAUGCUAUUAAGAAUGAGAAUAUUACGCAGAUGUUACCGUGGCAGCCCCCGCGAUAUGUGUCAGAAACACAUCCGAACGACGGUAUCGAAAACUCUCAUCUGUUGCAACGUGACUGAAGUCAGCACGUCACGCUGUGGUUUCAAUUGCACAUGCCAUAUUCAGAGCCACAUGCGAAUGACAACAACGCAUGUCUCGUCUGCUUCGGCGUGAUAAUGUCACUCAGCGAUAUUUACGCCGAAUUUUAUAGUGAAAAUGUAUUAUUUCUACACCUCACUACGGCUACGAAAAAACGAGAUAAAUUAAUAAUACAGAUAAAAUGUUGUUUAUACCAUUACCAAUAUAUGCAUGUACGACAUAUUUUGAUGUUUUUUUCUGUAGUUUUUGUUUCGUGUUUGCUUAUGUAUUUUUGCUGUUGUUGUUUUGCUGUUGUAUUUUUGCUGUUGCGUUGU